AUGAUAGAGACACUGCUAAUGCCUCGGACGAUCAGGGCUUAUCUCACAUCUCUUCCCGAUAUUUGCAACGAGAUCUCCGCCCUCUUCGAAAAAGCCCUCGCCCCUAAUAGUCCAGAAUACUGGGGGAGAAUUAAUCCAGAAUGGAGCUUGUGCAACAAAGGAAGGAGGCAGUCACCUAUAAAUGUUGAGCCCCACAAGUUGCUCUACGACCCCUUCCUGAGGCACAUAAUUGUCGACAAGCCCAAGGUAAUGAAUAUCACAUAA